AUGUCUCUACCCAGCGGCAGCCCAGAGAGAGAGGGCUCUGGUGGGCCUCCCCCUCAGCUUGAGUGCCCUUCUUCUCCUUCGGGCAUGGACCCAGACCCCCCGUCGACAGGCAGCCCAGUGCUCAGCCCAGACUCAUCUUCCCAUGAUGCAGUGCUGUCAGCACCAGCGGCCUCCCCAGCAGACUCCGAGAACCUGAGUCCAGAUGAGCUGGAGCUGCUGGCCAAACUGGAGGAGCAGAACAGGUUGCUGGAGGCCGAUUCAAAAUCCAUGCGUUCAAUGAGUGGCUCACGGCGCAACAGUGGCUCCUCUCUAGUGUCCAGCUCUUCGGCCUCAUCAAACCUGUCACACCUGGAGGAGGAUACAUGGAUCUUGUGGGGCCGCAUCGUCAACGAGUGGGAAGAGUGGAGACGUAAGAAGGAUAAACUCCUAAAGGAGUUGAUCAGGAAGGGCAUCCCUCAUCAUUUCCGGGCCAUUGUGUGGCAGCUGCUGGGCAACGCUACCGACAUGCCGGUGAAGAACCAGUAUUCUGAGCUGCUGAAGAUGUCCUCCCCCUGUGAGAAGCUCAUCCGCAGAGACAUCGCCCGCACCUACCCUGAGCAUGAGUUCUUCAAAGGCCAGGACAGCUUGGGGCAGGAAGUCCUCUUCAACGUCAUGAAGGCCUACUCUCUGGUGGAUCGAGAGGUGGGCUACUGCCAAGGCAGUGCAUUCAUCGUUGGUCUGCUGCUUAUGCAGAUGCCCGAGGAGGAGGCGUUUUGUGUGUUUGUGCGUCUGAUGCAAGAGUACCGUCUACGAGAGCUCUUUAAACCCAGCAUGGCUGAGCUGGGCCUCUGCAUCUACCAGUUUGAGUAUUUGCUACAGGAGCAACUUCCAGAGCUGAACGUCCAUUUCCGGUCUCAGAGUUUCCACACAUCCAUGUACGCCUCAUCCUGGUUCCUCACCCUCUUCCUCACCUUUCUCCCUCUGCCUGUUGCCACGCGCAUAUUUGAUAUUUUCAUGUAUGAGGGCCUAGAGAUUAUCUUCCGUGUGGGCCUGGCCAUCCUGCAGUAUAACCAGACUGACCUCAUUCAGCUGGACAUGGAGGGCAUGUCACAGCAUUUCCAGAAGGUGAUCCCCCACCAGUUUGACAGCUGCCCCGACAAGCUGAUCCUCAGGGCCUACCAGGUCAAAUACAACCCCAAGAGGAUGAAGAAACUUGAGAAAGAAUAUACCACAAUCAAGAACAAAGAAAUGGAGGAGCAAAUUGAGAUCAAGAGGUUACGCACAGAAAACAGGCUGCUGAAGCAGAGGAUUGAGACUCUGGAGAAGGAGAGCGCUGCUCUGGCAGACAGACUGAUACAGGGUCAGGUAACAAGGGCACAGGAAGCAGAGGAGAACUAUGUGAUCAAGCGGGAGCUGGCAGUGGUGAGGCAGCAGUGCAACACAGCCAGCGAGAGCCUCGAGAAAGCGCAGGAAACCAUCAGAGAACUGCAGCAACAGAAGUACACAGAGCAGUUUGUGAGCAAUCUGCAGACCGAGCUGGAGCAGUCCCGACUGCGUGAGGCCGAACUGCUGGGAGCACUGAAGGAAAUGCAAGACAAGGUGCUAGACCUGGAGAAGAGGAAUAAUUGCCUGCCUGAUGAAAACAACAUGGCAGCUCUGCAAGAGGAGGUGAAGCAGAUGAAGCUGAGGGAGCUGGAGACGCUGCGUUCAUUCAGAGAGAUGCAGGACUCUGUCGCUGAGCUCAACCAGCGCUGGCAGCAUCAUAUGUCCCGUGGUAGCAGCACUGGUGGUGGCGGCAGUCACUGGAAGGAAUCUCCGAAGAAGAACGCCAUGAAUGAGCUGCAGGACAAACUGAUGACGGUCAGACUGAGGGAGGCCCAGGCCCAGGCCGAGCUCCGAGAGGUCAAACUGAAAGCCCUGCAGCAGGAGAGCCAGAACCAGAUCCACAGCAAGCUGAUUGGUCGCAAUGAGCAGGAACGCUCCGCCCUCCAGGACCGGCUCCAGAUGCUGGCCAAUCAGAACAAAGCUCUCCAGUCCCAAGUCAAUGAGUUGAAAAGGAAGCAGGCCGAAUCCGACUGCAAGAGUAAAGAAGAAGUGAUGGCUGUGCGACUGAGGGAGGCAGACAGUAUGGCUGCCAUGGCUGAACUCAGGCAGAAGAUUGCUGAACUCGAGAUACAGAAAGAGGCGGGGCUGAUCCAGGGUCAGCUUAAUCACUCAGACUCCAGACAGUACAUCAACCAGCUCCGGGACCAGAUCGCUGAGCUCAAGAACGAGAUCAGGGAUUUGCGGGGGCACAAGGCGACCCCCAGUUCCAGGGUCAGCGGUGGAGACGGAAGUACCAACUUCCAGGAUCUCUGUCUGGCCAGCCCCGCCUCUGCCGAAGGGGACUACCUGAGCUCAGACGAUGACCUGCUCCCCAGCCCGCUGCCUCCCAACGCCCUUUACCCCUCCCUGAGCGGCCAGUGUCACCCGUCUGCCCGCCUCGACAGUGAAGGCAGCACAGACAGCGAGGCAGAGGAGAGAGUGCGAACACAUCCGGACCCACAGCAGCUGUAUGGCAGCAUGGUGUGCGCCGAGGCACUGGAUAACUGAGAC